GAUGGCUGGUGAGCACAAAGAGGCUGUGGAGUUAAAUACCCCCAGUGUGAAGAAGGAAGGCUCAGAAGAGAAGCAGGGGUCUCCCCACCCCAGCAAGGGGUCAGGCUGGGCCCUCAGCAGUGGGAGGCUGCUCUCUGGGCUCUUUGCUCUGAAUCUGUUGUUCUUGGGAGCCGCUCUGGUGAUUGGUGGAGUGUUUAACCCCAGUGGAUUGAGGUACGAGCAGUCACUGAUCUUCAUUGCUCUGCUGAUGGGACUCAGCCUGCUCUGGAUGUUCUGGUACCUGAUCAGGGCAAGGUGGCAGCCAGAGACAGCGCCACACACAGACCACCACGCAGGCACGGUGUUGAUGAAAGGAGCCCUGCUGCUGUUCGCUGCCUGCAGUCUGCUGCUCCAUUUGUUCAAGAUGGGCUAUCACUUCUCCAAAUGGGAAUGCACACCUGUGGUGAAAGCUCUCUACCCCUUCAUUGAAGCUCUCUUCGUCAUUGUACAGACACACUUAUUAUGGGUCCAUUCCAAGGACUGCUCCCAGGAUCAGAAGAACUUCACCAGAUUAGGCUUGGUGCUGACUCUCACUGCAGAUCUGCUACUCUGGUUCGCUGCAGUGACUGAUGAAACUGUCCACUUAGAGAUGGAAGUGGAGAAGGAGGAGGGAGUCCUACAGGACACUUAUAUCGGACAGAGUAACGUCUCCCGCUGUCAGUGCGGGCUGGAUCCUGCGUGUGCUAGCUUUAAGAAAGGCUACAAGGUGCUGUUCCCCUUCAACAUGGAGUACUCCCUGACCGCUGGCUGCAUGCUCUACGUGAUGUGGAAGAACGUAGGCAGGCGUGUGGAGCCCCACCACCCCACCCUGAGUGGGAAGCUCCGACUGGGGGCUUCCAAGAUAAUCUUGGGACCCUUCCUGGGGGUGGUGGCCCUGUUAUCUGGUAUCUGCAUUUUCAUUGUGUACCAGGUGAAGGUGGGCAGCGCCGCAGGGCGCCAGCUUGCCUUUGUGCUGUUUUACAGCUACCAGCUAGCCAUCCUGCCUGCCAUGUCUCUCUGCUCUCUGGCCGGCGUGGUCAUUUGCAAGCUGGAAGAGAAGGCUCUGGAUGCCGGUCUCAAUCCCACACGCAGCCUGGAUGCGCUGCUGCUGGUGGGGGCUGCUCUGGGCCAGCUCUCCAUUUCAUACUUCUCCCUAGUGGCCGCACUGACAACAGGGCUCAGUGGACUGCUCCAAAGCCUGGACCUGUCUUACUCCCUGCUCAGCCUGAAUGAGCUGCUCCUCCAGACCCUCUUCAUCAUCGAGGGGCUGCACCGGCACCCCAGCACUGGGGAGGGGGGACGAGUGACAGGCCUGGAGGAGGACGAGAGCCGCAGAGGAGCUGGAGGGGGCUACGGCUCACUGCGUGGGAAGGAGGGCACUCAACAGAUGAACCUUGAAAUAAAAGCUGAAGUUGCAUCAAGCAGACUGAACUGGAGAAGGAGAGUUCUGAAAGAGAUCUCUGCCUUCCUUGUGCCGACUAAUAUUAUGCUCUGGGUGAUCCCUGCGUUCGGAGCACACCCGCAGUUUGAGAACGGUGUGGGGAAGGAUUUCUACGGGUUCUCAUUCUGGUUCAUCCUCCUAAACCUAAGCCAGCCGCUGGGGGUCUUCUACAGGAUGCACUCCGUGGGGGGGCUUCUGGAGGUGCUCUUCACUGGCUGAAGGAGCUGCUCAAGGGUUGGAGGAGGAACAGGACCAUUGGGCAUUCUCUACAGGCCUGGCUCCACUACUCCACUCUUACACACAUUUAUUUUUUAAAAGCUCUUUGUAAGGUUUUUCACUUUUUAAACAUUAUGUUCUGCUUUGUUAAUAAAAGGCAUGCGAUGGGACACGAGUCUCCUUCAGUAAUGCAACCCAAUCUGACAAUUCACACAGAGCACUUACAGCCUGAAGCCUGACAUCAGUGUAGAUA